UUACCCCUUGCUGUCUCCAGCCCCAAAUCUAUCGUAAUUGGACCCGUUGAAAGUUGAAACUUCGAAGCACGACCUGUAAUCCACAACAAGCUCAGCCUUCUGAUCCGUGCACCUCGAUUCUUUUCUCUUUACCCAUGGCUCCUGCUAUCUCCGAGCGAGUUCAGCUGGCCAGGCUCUGCAGCUCCAAGGAGUGGUCCAAGGCCAUUCGUAUCCUUGAUUCGCUUAUUUCUCAGUCUUCUGCAGUCCAAGACAUCUGCAACAGAGCCUUUUGUUACAGCCGAUUAGAGCUUCAUAAACACGCAAUCAAGGAUUGCGACAGAGCACUUCAGCUUGACCCUGCGCGUCUUCAAGCUUACAUUCUCAAAGGUCAUGCGCUCUCUGCUUUGGGGAAGAAAGAAGAUGCUCUGUUGGUAUGGGAGCAAGGCUAUGAGCAUGCUCUGCAUCAGUCUGCAGAUUUGAAGCAGAUGCUAGAACUUGAAGAACUUUUGACAAAAGAAAAACAAGGCUGCAACAUACAGCAUGAAGCACUGGGGGCUUCCAUGCUUCAAUCUGAAACAGUUUCUCUCAGUAGCAGCAAUUUAAGUGAAAACUCUAAUACUAAAGAUAGGUUGAGCAAUCCUGGUGAAUUGUGUGAUAUUGCUACUGAUACAUCUGAGAUCUGCCUGAAGCGAGAUGAUAAAUUUGAUUCAAGAAAUAAAUUACAUGAUGAAGAUAGGAACUCAAAUAAAUUUGAUGAUCAAGCUAAUGGAAGCCCUGAUAUUCUUGAUAAGUUGAGUUAUAAUUCUGAAUCAUGUAAUGACUCAAGUGACACCUCGGAAUCAUGUGAAAAAGUAUCUACAAAUAGUGACUCAUUUGACAUCACGGAAAUUUUUAGAAAGCCAAGUAAUAAGUUAAAUUUUUCCCUCAAAAUAAAUGAUGAAGGAAGGAGAAAUAAGAAGUUUUGUGUCGCUCGGAUUUCAAAGUCAAAGUCCAUCAGUGUAGAUUUUCGACUCUCAAGGGGUAUAGCAGAGGUUAAUGAAGGAAAAUAUGGUCAUGCAGUAUCCAUUUUUGACCAGAUCCUGAAAGAGGACCCUGAAUAUCCUGAGGCUCUAAUAGGAAGAGGGACAGCAUAUGCCUUUCAGCGGGAACUUGAUGCUGCUAUAGCUGAUUUUACUAAGGCUAUACAAUGUAAUCCAGCUGCCGGUGAGGCAUGGAAAAGGAGAGGUCAGGCCCGGGCUGCGUUGGGGGAGUUUGUUGAGGCUAUUGAAGACUUGACCAAGGCAUUAGAGUUUGAACCCAACUCAGCAGAUAUCUUACAUGAGAGAGGAAUUGUUAAUUUCAAGUUUAAGGUGUUUGAUGCUGCUAUUGAGGACCUUUCAGCUUGUGUGAAGCUAGAGAAGGAUAACAAGUCUGCCUACACAUAUCUGGGUUUAGCAUUAUCUUCAGUUGGUGAAUAUAAGAAAGCUGAGGAAGCACAUUUAAAAUCACUUCAGCUAGAUGGAAAUUUCCUUGAAGCAUGGGCACAUCUGACUCAGUUCUAUCAAGAUUUAGCAAAGCCAACAAAAGCUCAGGAAUGUCUAAAUCAUGUGCUGCAAAUUGAUGGGAGGUUUGCAAAGGCUUAUCAUUUGCGUGGUCUGUUGUUCCAUGCGAUGGGAGAGCACAGGAAGGCUAUCAAGGAUUUGACUAUAGGGUUGAGCAUUGAUGGUGCUAACAUUGAGAGUUUAUAUCUGCGAGCUUCCUGCUUCCAUGCUGUUGGACAAUACAAAGAGGCUGUCAAGGAUUACGAUGCUGCACUUGAUUUGGAAUUGGAUUCAAUGGAAAAAUUUGUGCUCCAGUGCCUUGCCUUUUAUCAGAAAGAGAUUGCUCUUUACACAGCCUCAAAGAUUAACAGUGAAUUUUGCUGGUUUGAUAUUGACGGGGAUAUUGAUCCACUUUUUAAGGAGUAUUGGUGCAAGAAAUUGCAUCCAAAGGAUGUAUGUGAAAAAGUUUAUAGGCAACCUCCUUUGCGUGAAUCUUUAAAAAAGUGGAAGCUUCGAAAGCAAGAUUUUGCCAUUACAAAGCAAAAAGCUGCUCUAAUACGGGCUGCAGAUUCCAUUGGCAAGAAAAUCCAGUAUGAUUGCCAGGGUUUCCUAACUAAUAGACGCCAGCAUCGUAUGGCUGGAUUUGCUGCUAUUGAAAUUGCACAAAAGGUGUCCAAAGCUUGGCGAUCCCUGCAAAUGCAAUGGAAAUACUCGAAUAAAAGCAACUCAAAGCAUGGCAAAAGGUCUAGGAGAAGGGAGAGGAUUCAAAUUGCUAGUCAGAAUAGAGGAGGUGCAGGAUGUAGCACAAGCAGUGCCCUAGAAACACCUUCAUAUAGCAUCAUUGAUGAUAGAUCAUAUUCCCGGUCCAUGUCAUGGCAAGGUGUUUAUUCAUUGGCUGUUAGAUGGAGACAGAUUUCUGAGCCCUGUGACCCCGUUGUUUGGGUUAACAAGCUAAGUGAACAAUUCAACCCUGGAUUUGGUUCUCACACACCUCUGGUUCUUGGACAAGCCAAAGUUGUCCGCUAUUUCCCUCACUACGAACGGACAUUGAAUGUUGCAAAGACUGUCAUGAAGGAGAGAUCAUAUGUGUACAGCAAAACAGAUGAGAUCAUCAGUCUUUCCAAAGAUGGGAAAUUAGAAGAUAUCAUGCUUGCAAAAUCGUGCGCUGAUCUUCAUAGUGUUGUUGGUGAGGAUUUCUGGUUGGCUACUUGGUGCAACAGUACUGCAUUUGAAGGGAAGCAGCUUGAAGGGACAAGGAUAACCAUUGGAAAAAUGGGCGAACAUGGUUUUGAUUUUGCCAUUAAAACCCCCAGUACACCUUCAAGAUGGGAAGAUUUUGACACAGAAAUGGCAGUGGCUUGGGAGGCUCUCUGCAAUGCUUAUUGUGGUGAAAACUUUGGAUCUACGGAUUUUGACGUGCUUGAAAACGUGAGAGAUGCCAUUUUAAGGAUGACUUAUUACUGGUAUAACUUCAUGCCACUGUCUAGAGGAUCUGCUGCAAUUGGAUUUGUAGUUAUGCUGGGUCUAUUGCUCGCUGCCAAUAUGGAGUUUACAGGAAACAUCCCACAGGGUCUGCAAGUUGAUUGGGAAGCCAUUUUCAACCUAGACCCAAACUCCUUUGUGGAAUCGGUUAAAAGUUGGCUUUACCCAUCUCUGAAGAUCAGUACCUCAUGGAAAGACUAUCCCGAUGUUGCAUCAACUUUGGAAACAACAGGGUCGGUUGUUGCUGCUCUCAGCUCUUCUAAUGAUUGAUCUCCUUAUGAUAAAGACCAUGCGAGUUAAAAUGCACAUUAAUUAAUGUACCAUCAUAAGAAAUUUGGGUCUUUUCUAAUUUCUUAGGAAUUAUGUAAAGAUUGAAGAGAAAUAAAGACAUUGUGUAUGGGUUUCAAGCAAAGCCUUGUUAUUUGCAAAAUUGACAGUCAAUUUCCCGGGAUGGUCAAAUCAAAAUAUCUAUGUUCUCUGCGUGCUAGCAAAAUUUUUCCA